CCCUUACUGCAAGAAAUCACUCUCAAAUGUGUUCCAAUUUUUGUCGUUUGAACAGAGAUUGACCUCAACAAAUUUGCCUCCUCGUUCUCUCUUCUCUGCCUUACAACAAUUCAAAUUAACCAAAACCAUGCCUACCUUCUAUUCUCUGUUCUUGAUUUUGAUUUUUACAGUAUUGCCACUAUCUCUAUCGAAUCAGCAACCAUUGGAGGCUUUGCUUAACCGUUUGGAUUCUCAACGGCUAUCUGCUUCAGUUCAAGAAUCUGCGGCUAGAGGUGUUCUCAAAAGAUUGCUUCCUACCCACCUAACCAGUUUUGAGUUCAGGAUUGUAUCCAAGGAUGUUUGUGGCAGUCGCAGUUGCUUCUUGAUCAAGAAUUCCAAGAAAUCUAGCCAAAAAGGGCCCGAGAUAAUAAUUAAAGGAGCCACAGCAGUUGAAAUUGUAUCUGGCCUCCAUUGGUAUUUAAAGUAUUGGUGUGGUGCACAUGUCUCAUGGGAUAAGACUGGUGGCGUUCAGACGGCUUCAGUUCCCAAGCCAGGAUCAAUGCCUCUUGUUAGAGAGGAAGGGGUGAUGAUUCAACGUCCAAUACCAUGGAACUAUUAUCAAAAUGUUGUUACGUCCAGCUAUUCCUAUGUUUGGUGGGAUUGGGAAAGAUGGGAGAAGGAGAUAGAUUGGAUGGCUCUUCAAGGGAUUAAUCUGCCUUUGGCAUUCACUGGGCAAGAAACCAUUUGGCAGAAAGUUUUUUUGGGUUUCAAUAUUACCACUGAAGAGUUGAAUGAUUUCUUUGGUGGACCUGCCUUCCUUGCAUGGGCCCGCAUGGGAAAUUUACAUGGGUGGGGUGGCCCUUUAUCACAAAACUGGUUAAAUCAGCAAUUGGAUUUGCAGAAACGGAUCCUCUCUCGGAUGCUAGAGCUAGGCAUGACACCAGUGUUGCCAUCAUUCUCUGGUAAUGUUCCAGCAGCUUUGAAGAAUAUCUUUCCUGCGGCUAGUAUAACAAGACUUGGCGACUGGAAUACUGUGAAUGGUGAUCCUCGUUGGUGCUGUACUUACCUGCUGGAUCCAUCUGACCCUCUAUUUAUUGAAAUUGGGGAGGCUUUCAUUCGACAACAAAUUAAAGAAUAUGGGGAUGUGACAGACAUCUACAACUGCGAUACAUUCAAUGAAAAUUCUCCACCUACAGAUGAUACAACAUAUAUCUCAUCCCUUGGAGCUGCAGUUUAUAAAGCAAUGUCAAAAGGUGACAAAGAUGCUGUGUGGUUAAUGCAAGGUUGGCUCUUCUACUCAGACUCUGACUUCUGGAAACCACCACAAAUGAAAGCCCUUCUACAUUCUGUUCCAUUUGGAAAUAUGAUAGUUCUUGAUCUAUUUGCUGAUGUCAAACCGAUAUGGAAGACUUCCGCACAAUUUUAUGGCACCCCUUAUGUCUGGUGUAUGCUGCAUAAUUUUGGUGGAAAUCUUGAAAUGUACGGCUUACUUGAUUCAAUUUCUUCAGGACCUGUUGAUGCUCGAGUCAGUGAAAACUCAACCAUGGUUGGUGUUGGCAUGUGCAUGGAAGGAAUAGAGCAUAAUUCAGUUGUGUACGAGCUGAUGUCUGAAAUGGCAUUUCGUGCUGAGAAAGUUCAAGUUCUGGAAUGGCUGAAGUCCUAUUCACGUAGACGCUAUGGUAAAGCAGUUCAUCAAGCUGAGGCAGCUUGGGAAAUUCUCUAUCACACAGUUUACAAUUGUACGGAUGGAAUCGCUGAUCACAAUACUGAUUUUAUAGUUAAAUUUCCUGACUGGGAUCCUUCGGUAAAUUCUAAAUCGAACUUACCGAAAGAGAACCAGAUGCCUAUGCUCCUAACACUACCCGGAAAAAGAAGAUUUUUAUCUCAAGAAACAGGUGCUGAUUUACCUCAGGCACAUUUAUGGUAUUCUACGCAGGAUGUGAUAAUGGCCUUACAGCUAUUCCUUGAUGCUGGAAGCAGUCUUGCUGGAAGCCCAACAUAUAGAUACGACUUGGUUGAUUUAACUCGUCAAGCAUUCUCAAAGCUAGCAAACCAAGUAUAUACAGAUGCUGUGAUGGCGUUUCGAAGAAAGGAUGUAAAAGCUUUAGACCUUCACAGCCAAAAAUUUGUUCAACUUGUAAAAGAUAUUGAUGUACUUCUUGCUUCUGAUGAUAAUUUUCUCCUUGGAACCUGGCUUGAAAGCGCAAAAAAUCUGGCUGCAAAUCCUAGUGAGUUGAGACAGUAUGAAUGGAAUGCAAGAACACAAGUGACAAUGUGGUAUGAUAACACAGACGCGGUCCAGAGCAAGCUUCACGAUUAUGCAAACAAGUUUUGGAGUGGGCUACUUGAAGACUACUAUCUUCCUCGAGCUUCGACGUAUUUCGGUCAUAUGACAAAAAGCUUGAAAGAGAAUGAAAACUUCAAGUUGGAGGAAUGGAGGAAAGAAUGGAUAUUGUAUUCAAACAAUUGGCAGACUGGCAUGGAGACUUACCCAGUGAAGGCCAAAGGAGAUGCCCUUGCAAUAUCUAAACAACUGUUUGAAAAGUACUUUGGCUAGCAUUCACUGGAUCUAAAUAUUGGAACCAAGGCUGAUGCAUGAGGCAAUUUGAUAAAAUCUGUAAUUUGAUUUUCAAUACUGAUCAAGGUUUAUUCUUCGCAGACUUUAAAAAAUAAACAACUGAAUCCGUUUGUCAGAGCUUAUAAGCUGUGAAAUAUUUAUUUUUGUUUGUA